AAAAUCUUGGGCCAUUGUGGAAUGAUCUUAACACGGCAAUACGUACAGUUGAUAAUAACGGAAUAAUAUUUUAUACAGCCGUUACAUGGGAUUUAUUAGGUUCGGGUUUUGACACUGUUCCUGGUGGAGCUGAUUAUAAUAAUAGGAGUAGUUUUAGUUAUCAUUAUUAUCGGCCUCCAAGAAUAUUUAAGCCUGAUCUUGAUUUAAGGAAUCGUGUAAAAGAAGCUAAAAAAGUUGGUGGUGCUACUAUGAUGACAGAAUUUGAGACAGCAUAUGAUAAAGGAAAAAACUUGGAAAGUAUUUCAACAGCGAUCAAAGCAGCCGAAAGUAAUUUACAAUCAUGGAUAGGUUGGCAGUAUAAAGAUUUUUAUCCAUUGACACGUAUGUUAAAUGGUGAAGGGCUAGUAGAUUCGGUAACCGGUAAAAUAAUAACUGAUACUGCUGUGGUAUUUUCACAAACUUAUCCUGAAGCUGUCGCUGGUAAAAUUAUAUCAUCUGGUAACGAUGAUGGAUUUUCGUUAACCUACAAUAUUGACACCA